GAGAAGAAGGCGAAUUCCAAAGCAGGGAGAGCCGACUCCAGAUCGCCCGCUCAUGGACCGCAGCGCAGAGUUCGGCCGAUGGAAGGCGCAGAGUCUGAGCAAAGCGGACCUUAGCCGGAAGGGCAGUGUGGAUGAGGACGCGGUGGAGGUGGUGGAGCUCCUGAAUUCGCGGGAAGAGUUUUUCACCACCAGCUCCUGCGCGGGCCGCAUCCUCCUUCUGGACGGGAGCACAGAUGGGUCUGGAGUUCAGAAACAACACUGCUGCUGGCUGCUGGUCACACACAAACCUUGUGCAAAAGAUGAUGUGAUGACAGCUCUGAAGGGUGCCACCAGCGAUGCUGUUUUGAAGUUUGAACCUUUUAUCCUCCAUGUGCAAUGCCGGACACUGCAGGACGCACAAACCCUGCACUCCGUGGCAGUCGACUUUGGCUUCAGGAACUCGGGCAUCACCGUGGGCAAGCGGGGGAAGAUCAUGCUGGCUGUCCGGAGUACACAUGGAUUGGAAGUCCCAUUAACCCACAAGGGAAAGCUGAUGGUGACAGAGGAAUAUAUUGAGUUCCUAUUAACUACAGCAAAUCAGAAAAUGGAGGAAAACAAGAGAAGAAUUGGAAGGUUUUAUAACUGCCUACAACAUGUUGUCAAAAGAGAAACCAUUUCAAACUCACAUUCCAAGGGCAAAGAGAAAAAUAACUCACUUUGUACUCGUAAGAAUAAGAGGAACCAAGGAAAAGGACACGACCCGUCUACUACUGAAGACGAUGGAAGGGAGCUGGAAGGUGGGGAUGGCUUGGAAAUCAGUGCCACACUCUUCCUGGGAGAUGACUAAGACUCGGCACAGUAUAGUGUCUGGUACACAGUGCUGCUCUUUACAAGAGCAUCAAGGUUUGCUGAAAGCAUCAAGCCUUCAGGAGGCAAGAAUUAAUUUCUCUGAUUAGAGAAACUUAAGUGUAAAUGGCUUUUCAAAGUAGCUGUGUGUAUGUUUGCUCUCUGAAGACUGCUUUUUUAAGUAUGUUGGGAGUCACUCUACAAAUAAACGUAAAACUUCUUGUGUC